GCUCAGCGAAGCGACACAGCAGAAGAGAUGAAGUGCCAGAACCGAGUGGCAGGACUCGUCCUAGGGCUAGGACUGGUCCUCUGCCUCAGCUCUGGCGGCCGGGCCCUGCCGGACAGUCCGCAGCACAGUCCCGACCACGGCAUGGGCAUGGGCAUGGGCAUGGGCAUGGGCUCCCACGGGAUGGACGUGAGCCCCGCGCCGGGCGGCUACGGAGUGCCGGCCAUACCGAAGGACCCGAACUCGCGCUGCGAGGAGAUCACGAUACCCAUGUGCCGGGGCAUCGGCUACAAUAUGACGUCGUUUCCCAACGAAAUGAACCACGAGACGCAGGACGAGGCGGGCCUGGAGGUGCACCAGUUCUGGCCCCUGGUGGAGAUCAAGUGCUCGCCGGACCUCAAGUUCUUCCUGUGCAGCAUGUACACGCCGAUCUGCCUCGAGGACUACCACAAGCCGCUGCCCGUCUGCCGCAGCGUCUGCGAGCGGGCCCGCUCCGGCUGCGCCCCCAUCAUGCAGCAGUACAGCUUCGAGUGGCCCGAGCGGAUGGCCUGCGAGCACCUGCCGCUGCACGGCGACCCCGACAACCUGUGCAUGGAGCAGCCCUCGUACACGGAGGCGGGCGGCAGCAGCGGCGGCGGAUCGGGCGGAGCCGGCAGCGGCUCUGGCGGAUCGGGCGGCAAGCGCAAGCAGGGCGGCAGCUCCGGCGGCGGCGGCGGCGGCGGCGGCGGCGGCAGCUCGGGCGGAUCGUCGACGUCGAGCAAGUGCCGCGGAAGGAAUUCAAAAAACUGUCAAAAUCCCCAAGGGGAAAAGGCAAGCGGAAAAGAGUGCGCGUGCUCGUGCCAGUCGCCGCUAAUCUCCCUGGGGAAGGAGCAGCUCCUGCAGCAGUCGCCCAUGCGGCACCAUCACUGGUACAUGAACCUGACUGUCCAAAGGAUCGCCGGCGUUCCAAACUGCGCCAUUCCGUGCAAGGGUCCGUUCUUCAGCAACGACGAAAAGGACUUCGCCGGCCUCUGGAUCGCCCUGUGGUCGGGCCUGUGCUUCUGCAGCACCCUCAUGACCCUAACCACAUUCAUCAUCGACACCGAAAGGUUUAAGUACCCCGAGCGGCCCAUUGUCUUCCUCUCGGCCUGCUACUUCAUGGUGGCCGUCGGCUACCUGUCGCGCAACUUCCUGCAGAACGAGGAGAUCGCCUGCGACGGCCACCUGCUCAAGGAGAGCUCCACCGGGCCCCACUCGUGCACGCUGGUCUUCCUGCUGACCUACUUCUUCGGCAUGGCCUCCUCCAUCUGGUGGGUGAUCCUCAGCCUCACCUGGUUCCUGGCCGCCGGCCUCAAGUGGGGCAACGAGGCGAUCACCAAGCACUCGCAGUACUUCCAUCUGGCCGCCUGGCUCUUCCCCACCGUCCAGUCGGUGGCCGUGCUCCUGCUCUCCGCCGUCGACGGCGACCCCAUUCUGGGCAUCUGCUACGUGGGCAACCUCAAUCCCGACCACCUGAAGAAGUUCGUGCUGGGCCCGCUCUUCGUCUACCUGGUGAUCGGCACGACCUUCCUGAUGGCCGGCUUCGUGUCGCUCUUCCGCAUUCGAUCGGUGAUCAAGCAGCAGGGCGGCGUGGGCGCCGGCGUCAAGGCCGACAAGCUGGAGAAGCUGAUGAUCCGCAUCGGCAUCUUCUCGGUGCUGUACACGGUCCCGGCCACCAUCGUGAUCGGCUGCUAUCUGUACGAGGCCGCCUACUUCGAGGACUGGAUCAAGGCGCUGGCCUGUCCCUGCGCCCAGGUGAAGGGCCCCGGCCGGAAACCGCUCUACUCGGUGCUGAUGCUCAAGUACUUCAUGGCCCUGGCCGUGGGCAUCACCUCCGGCGUGUGGAUCUGGUCCGGCAAGACUCUGGAGAGCUGGCGCCGCUUCUGGCGCCGCCUGUUCGGGGCGCCCGAUCGCACUGGAGCCAAUCAGGCGCUGAUUAAGCAGCGUCCGCCCAUUCCACACCCGUACGCCGGAUCCGGGAUGGGCAUGCCCGUCGGCUCGGCGGCCGGAUCGCUGCUGGCCACGCCCUACACACAGGCCGGCGGCGCCUCGGUGGCCAGCACCAGCCACCACCAUCUGCACCACCAUGUUCUCAAGCAGCCGGCGGCCAGCCACGUAUGACAUGGAGAGUCGGGAGGAG